GUGGCCAACAAGCUGAGGGUCCAACCACUCCCAGCCAGGCUCUUUAAGUCAGCUUGGGUGAACCAGAACUUUGUACCCAUGUUUGACCCUGGUUGCAGACUUCUCUCCGUGGCUUAAAUGGAUAUCAAAGCACGUCUCUCUGAUGGAAUGUACACCCACAGAUGAUCCAGUUCCUCAAGAACUAAUUUCCAAGAAAAAGAAUACAAUUCUUCCUGCAAUUUGCUUGUUUUAAUAUAUGGCUUCUUCUCGCAUACAAAACCUGAAUUUUAACACUGAUUAUUGCUCCCCUCUAAAUAUUYCGGUGCACUGAAGGACRAGGGUCUGUGCUCAGUAAACUCUCRUCAGGAGAGGCUAGCAACAGGACACAGGGGGAAGGAACUUGGAAGCACUGUGAGAAGGUGGAAGGAAAUACCCAGCUUGUGCUUUUCUAAGCCCAUUUGGGGUAGAUGAAGCUUCUCCCAUAUGGCUGAAGGUAGUGGAGUCACCCUGAGCCUKGGCUGGUAACUGGCAGGGAUCUGCUGCAGCCUUUCCUUCCUGCCUUACGUCCCACCCUGCGUUGUUUUGGCCAGCGGCGGUGGCAGAAGCCGAGUGGGAAAGAUGUUGGUGGUACGGAGGAGGAAUGUGAAAAUGUUCACCUUCGCCUUUCUGCUCAUCACAGUGACRUCCUUCCUGCUCAACUACACCCACCAGGUGACCACGGCCACCUGGGACCCCCGACACCUCGUCGUGCAGUUCUCAGAGCACGUCCAGAAACUCUUCAAGUACCCCARGAGACCUUGCAGCUGUCACACGUGCAUUUCGGAGCUGGGACAUUCCCUCUGGUUCGACCAGAGAUUUAACUCAACUAUGCAACCUUUCCUGACCUCACAAAAUGCCUUGAUCCCAGAGGACAGCUACAGGUGGUGGCUGAAACUGCAAGGAGAGAAAGCUCCAAAGAGCCUGAAUGCCACUCUGACAGAGCUGUUUGGGGUCAUUCCCGGGGACGGGGAUCCGCUGCAGGAGCGAGGCAGCUACAGCUGCAGGCGCUGCGCCGUGGUGGGCAACUCCGGCAACCUCCGGCAAUCUCAGUACGGCCAAGACAUUGACUCACACGACUUUGUGCUCAGAAUGAACCGUGCCCCCACUGCUGGCUACGAAUCAGAUGUUGGGAGCAAGACCACUCACCACUUUGUUUACCCUGAGAGCUACAAAGAGCUGGCAGCAAAUGUGAGCAUGAUCCUGAUCCCCUUCAAAACCCUGGACCUGCGCUGGGUCGUCACCGCUCUCACCACGGGCACCAUCAACUUUACAUAUGUUCCAGUUCCACGGAAAAUCAAAGUCAAAAAAGAAAAGAUCCUGGUUUAUAAUCCAGCUUUUAUGAAAUACAUCUAUGAAAACUGGCUUGAGCAUCAUGGGAGAUACCCCUCCACAGGCCUUCUGUCCUUGAUGUUUGCUCUCCAUGUAUGCGAUGAGGUGAAUGUGUAUGGCUUUGGAGCAGACAGCAAAGGACAUUGGCAUCACUACUGGGAAAACAACACCUCAGGUGGGGCUUUCCGGAAGACAGGCGUCCACGACGGGGAUUUUGAGUUCAAUAUAACUUUGACUCUUGCCUCCAUCGAAAAAAUAAAAUUUUUCAAGGGCAGAUGACCCUGGCCACGGAGACAAGUGGGGGCUGCAAUUUCCAGCAUGCAGCAGAACAAAGCUCAGUGAAGAUGUUCUGGGCACCAGGCGGGUUUGAAUGAGUGGAUCUGCGGUGGAUUUGGGGCAUCUCACACUGCAGGGAGCAAGGCUGAGGGCCGGCUUCCAAGCUGCACAUGAUUUCCUAUCUGCAGAGAGCUGGGAGCCAGCAAUCAGUUCUGGGAAUAAAUUAAUUUCUACUUAGGCUCUACAGCUUGAUUCUUGAAUUACUGACGAAAGAUCUGCCUGUUGCAAUUAGAGGAAACCUGGGCACAGGAACUGCUAUCUGUGUGUCCAUUCUCUCCUCGAGCAAGGCAGGAGAUCCUUGAAGAAGAGUGAAAAUGACUUCUGGGACUUGAGACCCACUAAGGCAACUGUGAACAUCAUAGUAAGGAUUACCUCAAAGAAAUUAAUUCACUUCUGCUGUUAAUCUAUUUUUUGAACCAUCUCUUCUGUGUUCUCUGUUACUUCCAUUUUCAUGCUGCAUUAAGGAAAAACAUGAUGAAGUUGCCUGGAGUAGUAAAUAUUUCAACCAUUGCUUCAUCUUGCAUUGAUAGGGUCUAGAAAAUAUGAAUCGAAACAUCUCUUAUCAUGUAUUAUUU